GCGGCGCACACCAAUAGUCGCCCGCUGCCUGUGAGGACACUCCGAAGGGCGAGAGGUGGGCUUGGCCUCUCGCGCCUAGUUUCCCGGUCUCUCCCCGAGUCUGGGUCUCUGGUCUGUCCCCAACGAGCGCCCCGAGGCGACAGAACCUCAAGAGUGUGGCUGUCUGACAGGUUUCCUCCAGUUAGAGGUGGCUCUUGAAGCUCUGCAGAAACAAGGGUGGCUUGUGAUUUCAAGACACGAUGGCUGCCAAAGUGGUUCCUAUGCCCCCAAAGCCAAAGCGAUCCUUUAUACUGAGGGUUCCUCCCAACUCCAAGCUGGGCCAGGACCUACUUCGAGAUGCUACUAGUGGGCCCAAGACCAUCCACCAGCUAGUUCUGGAGCACUUCCUCACCUUCUUGCCCAAGCCAAGCCUGGUCCAGCCCAGUCAGAAAGUCAAGGAGACCUUGGUUAUUAUGAAGGACGUGAGCCCAAACCUUCAGAAUAGAGUGCAACCUCGUCCCUUAGUGAAGCUUCUACCCAGAGAAGGAAUCCAGCAGAAACAGGAGACAGUGUCUCUGUGUUUGAAAGCUGAGCCUGAGGAGCUGGUAGUCUUUGAGGAUUUGAAUGUAUUUCACUCCCAAGAAGAAUGUGUUAGCCUGGAUCCUGUUCAGCAGCCCACCUCAGAGAUGGAAGAAGGCAAUAUUGGGGAGAUGAUGUUACUAGCAGUCAAUGACAGUAAUCCUGAGGGUGAAGAUCUUCAGAAGGAACCUGUAGAGAAUGAAGAUUGUAGAGAAAAGUCUUUAGAUUACGAUGAAGUGGAUUGUUCCGUGGUCUCUGAGCAACCCCCAGAUUGCCAAAAAGAGGAAAGACUAAAUACAUCCAUUCCAAAGGAAAGGAAAAUGAGAAAUCUUUUAGUUACUAUUGAAAAUGAUACUCCACUUGAGGAACUCUCAAAAUACGUGGAUAUCAGUGUGAUUGCACUUACCCGAAAUAGGAGAACAAGAAGAUGGUAUACUUGUCCACUGUGCGGAAAACAAUUUAACGAAAGUUCUUACCUUAUUUCCCACCAGAGGACUCACACUGGAGAAAAACCCUAUGACUGUAGUCAUUGUGGGAAAAGCUUCAAUCAUAAAACAAACCUUAAUAAACAUGAGCGAAUCCAUACAGGAGAGAAACCUUACUCUUGUUCUCAGUGUGGGAAGAACUUCCGUCAAAAUUCUCAUCGGAGUCGCCAUGAAGGAAUUCACAUAAGGGAGAAGAUAUUUAAGUGUCCAGAAUGUGGGAAAACCUUCCCAGAAAACAAAGAAUUUGUGAUUCAUCUGCAGAGUCAUAAGGCUGAGAGGCCAUAUGGUUGUAAAAAAUGUGGGAGAAGAUUUGGUCGUCUGUCAAACUGUACCCGGCAUGAAAAAACGCACUCAGCAUGUAAGACCCGAAAACAGAAGUGAGACCAGGAAAGGUCGGAUAGUCCUGCCUCAACUUGAAAUGUUCCAUAAGGAAUUCUGAAUUCCCAGGCUAUCUGAAACAAUACAGAUACCAAAACCUCACUAGAGCCAAAGAUGGGUAAAUACCCAUCUUGGCUGAAACCUCAAGUCUUUAGAAAAUUCACAGGGGAAAAAAAACCUCAAGGGCUAUACCUCAGUUAGCAACCAGGCUUUUUGGACUAAAGAGCUUUCUUUUGUGAACUUAUACAACUAUGUACAGGCCACAGAUCCCUUUUCCAAGAAAGGCUUUGAAAUAGGAGUCUGGAAGCUGCUUACCUUCAAGGUGAACAGAGUGUUCUGAAAGUACGUCUAUUUUUUCUCCCACAUAAGAGUUCACACUUGAGAAAUGAUGCACAUGUCCUUUUCUGGAACUGUGUUCCCCUGAAAGAACCAAACUACUGAUUUGUUAAGCCAACAGCUUCUAUACAGCAGUUCAUGUAACCCUCUAAGGACACCAGUAAGCUUGAGAGUUAAAAGGGAGUGUUUACUUUGGAAUAUAGGAAAAUACAGCAAUUGAAUGUCAAAGACUUACUCUUGUCAUUUGUAGGUGAUCAAAGAUCAGUUUCAAUAACAUUUGCAAUUAGUAGGGGAACGUAAAACUUAACAGAAAUCCAUUUCACAACAUGAUUGAAGUAUCUAACAUUCAUACUGUAUUUUGUUCAGCCAUUAAUUGCUCAAACAGCUCUCUCAUGCCUUUCCCUUGCCGAAAGAAAUUCGGGGUGCUCAGGCCUGGCCACCCAGCCCCACUCCUGGAAAAGCUCUUUGGAAUCUUGUCCCUCUGUUGAGCCAAGAAGAAAACCUGCUAGGAGGGGAGCCCCAAGAGCCUGAAGAGGAGGAGGAAGACAGGACGUUGGUUUGGAUCCAUGGCUGGUCAAUAACCUUAUUUACCGUGUGCUUCAUUCCCAUCUAAGUGGUCAUCAGACCUUUGGCAGUGGGUGGGCACUACCUCAUAAGCAAAGUGUUCUAGUUUUAGAAAUUAUGUCUCCAGUCGCUAGCUCACAUUACCCCUCAAGAGACAGGAUUCCAGUGUUGUCGUUGUAGUGGGUAUUUGUUCUCUUGACCUCCUGAUCCCAAGACUUCUGACAUCUGCCAGAGGCAAGGCCAGUGGUGCCUUCAUGGGACCGAUCCAGUGAUGGGAGAUUUUAAGGAUUCUUGAUCAGUUUUGCUCUUAGUUUUCCUAAGGUUUUACAUUGGUAUUUUGAUUGGAAUAGAUUAAUCCUAUAAACUAUUGGGGAAAAAUUACCUUUACAAAUUUGGUUUCCCAUCCAGAAACAUACUUUCCAUUGAUGGGAGUAUUGUAUCCUGAGUAAGUUUUUCUAAUUUUCUUCAUGUAAGUUCUACACAAUUUUGUUAUUGUAAGUAGUUUUUUUCCAUUAUAUUUUUCUAGUCGGUAUUGCUUUUACAUAGGAAAGUUAUUUUUACUUAUAUAUUUGCAAAAUUGGUGGCCACUUCUCUGAAUGUUCUUAAUUUUCAGUAAUUUCUCAGUUCUGUUAAAAUUUGUGGUUAAAAAUUAUACCAUCUACAAAUAAUAGUUUUGGUUCUUCCUUUCUGCCUGUUGCUCUUUUUCUGUUGUUGCUUUUUGGAUAUGUGGGUCUAAGCUUUGUUUUGGGACAAAAUACACCAAAAGAAGGACAUUUUAUGAUAUAAUUCUGUCCUGAGUCUUAGAGGGAAAAAGAAAAAA